ACCUGUGAAUACCAGACCUGUGAAUACCAGACCUGUGAAUACCAGACCUGUGAAUACCAGUCCUGUGAAUACCAGACCUGUGAAUACCAGACCUGUGAAUACCAGUCCUGUGAAUACCAGACCUGUGAAUACCAGACCAAUGAAUACCAGACCUGUGAAUACCAGACCUGUGAAUACCAGACCUGUGAAUACCAGUCCUGUGAAUACCAGUCCUGUGAAUACCAGACCUGUGAAUACCAGUCCUGUGAAUACCAGACCAAUGAAUCCCAGACCUGUGAAUACCAGUCCUGUGAAUACCAGACCUGUGAAUACCAGACCUGUGAAUACCAGUCCUGUGAAUACCAGACCUGUGAAUACCAGACCAAUGAAUACCAGACCUGUGAAUACCAGACCUGUGAAUACCAGACCUGUGAAUACCAGUCCUGUGAAUACCAGUCCUGUGAAUACCAGUCCUGUGAAUACCAGACCUGUGAAUACCAGUCCUGUGAAUACCAGACCUGUGAAUACCAGACCUGUGAAUACCAGACCAAUGAAUACCAGACCUGUGAAUACCAGACCUGUGAAUACCAGACCAAUGAAUACCAGACCUGUGAAUAG